UUCAUGUGAUUUCGCGACGUUGUGAAAUUGUGAUCUUAUAUAUAUACGCGAUUAAACCUUGAUUUUUCACUAGAACAGACGAAAGGCUUUCAUUUAUCCAUGAAAAAUUAUGUUCAGGAGAGAGUUGAGAUUCACAAGUUUUGGUGAAUUUGCAAUGUCGGCUUGAACCUCAAAUCUUUGAGCAUGUCGGACCAGGAAGGCGGACAUGACAAGGCAUGUGAGGAGGCUAAUAAGGAGAUUGACCCCCAUGACGCUGGUGUUGGCAUGGCAACCAGUUUUCAUCAAACUGACGCUUCCUUGACUGGAUUUCUCUUUGGAAACAUUGAUGAAAAGGGGGAACUCGAAGGGGACUUUCUGGACGAUGAAAGCAAGCGUCACUUGGGGUCAUUGAGAGCCCUGGGUGUUGGCUCCCUGGUUGAACAGAUGGUGGGGGAGGAUGACCCUGUGGCUGACAACCAGGCUGAAUCUUCAGAUUAUGAUGAGAAGUCUGCGGAGGCGGUGGAUUUCUCCGAUAUCACAGAGGUGGCUGCAGAGGAGGAUGUGGACACAGUGCAGGAGAGCAUGGCCAGAAUGAUUGCACCCAGAACUGGAAGCGAUGAUGAUGAUGACUAUGAUACAAAGGACUCUGCACUGAUGCCUCCUCCCUCCUGGCUACCUGUGCACACCAAACCCAGUGAGCAGAAACUUCACAAUGGUCCCAGCACUUCCAGUCAGGAUUCACCCAGCGUGGAUGAGGCAGGAAACCUCAGCACUCCGCUGGCCUCCAUGCUACCACCUGAACUGAAAAACGUCAACGUCAAACAAUACUUCCCGGAAUUCAGGAAAAAUAAGGUGCUGCGAUUCUCCCGUCUCUUCAAACCAGUCCACCACCCUCACAUCUGGAGACGGAAGAAGAAGAAGGAGAAGAAAGAAGAAGGCACGAACAAUACACCUGCCAUCAAGAAAGAGGAUAUCAAAGUUAAAUCAGAAGCCCAAGCCACACCUGGGGAUGACAAGUCAGAAUCUGAAGCCAAAGAGGUGGCCCCACUGAUAAAGACAGAGAUACCUACUGCAGCCCAGUCCACGCCACCCACAGAGGGCAUAGAGCCCACACUAGAGCCCUUACUUGAGCCCAAACAAGAGCCCAAGCAGGAGCCAGAAAGCCCGACCUUGUCCCCAGCCCGGCUGCCCAGCAUAGUGGAGGAGUAUAAAGCACGCGUGGCGAGGUACUUUGGCACCAAAAUCAAGCUCAAUAUGGGCCGCCCUGCUAAACCUGAGGAAACUGCACUGGAUGAUGAAGAGGUGUAUGCCCAGCAGCAGAAGAAGGCGGUGCAGAAGGGCAGUGACGUUAAUAAUUCUGGUGAUGGUGAGGCCAAUCUGGAGGUGGCACCUUGGCGGUACGGCCCAGCCCAGUACUGGUACGACAUCAUGGGGGUACCGGAGUCUGGGGACGGAUUUGACUAUGGAUUUAAGAAAUGUGGCGAUACUGAGAGUCACCCAGAAUCUCAGGAGCUGGGCAGUGCAGACCGCGGUGAUGAGGUUCCAGAUGAGGCCUAUCUCAUGGUGACCCAGCUGCAGUGGGAGGAGGAGAUCAUCUGGUCAGGGGAGGAGGCCCGCCACCGUGUCCUCACAACCCACCGCAACAGGCCCCUCCUGGCGGGCUGGAUACCCAGCACCAACCACCGCACAGCGGCGCAGUACCUGCAGCAGAACAAACCAGGCUGGUCAUCCAAGCCACUGAUGAGGACAAACUCCACACCUUUAGGCACUAAUCUAGAUGAUAAGCAGGACAGCAGCUGGUACUCCAUCUUCCCCAUUGAGAACCGGGAGCUGAUCUAUGGCAACUGGGAGGAUGAUAUUAUAUGGGACGCAGAGAACAUGGACCAUAUUCCUGAGCCCAAGGUCCUCACCAUUGACCCCAACGAUGAGAACAUCAUCCUGAGUAUACCUGAAGACAAGGAUCCCAACACCACAGAAACACCCGCCAAGAAAGAGAAGAGUGAGGUGAAGAAGUCUCGCAUCCUGCUGGGGAAGGCUGGCAUCAUUAAGGAUGAUGAUGAGGAAGAGGAGCCGGCACAGCAGACUAACUCCAACAUUGACCCGUACAACUGCUCCAAUGAUGAGUUCUACAAUCCCAAGUUGAUGGACUCUUCCCUCCGAUCCAACAUCGGUGUUAGUCUCAUUCAGCAUUCUACGCCAGCAGUAGAGCUGCAGCAGCCAUUCUUCCCGACUUACAUGAACGAGAACAAGCUGCGUACCUUCCACAGGAACCCGCUCAAGAAGUACUCUCACGGAACUAUAGCCAUCCCUGGUCCACACUGCAUAGAGGCUCUCUUCAAAAUCAUCAAGCGGAAAGCUAGGCUACGUGAUCAGGAGCGUCAGGCGUUUGGGGGCGGGGACAUAUUCUUCAUGCGCACCCCUCACGACCUGUCUGGUAUGGACGGGGACAUGGUGCUAUGCGAGUACUCGGAGGAGUUCCCUCCCCUUAUGAUGCAGAUCGGCAUGGCAACCAAGAUCAAGAACUACUAUAAGAGGAAGCCCGGUAAGGACAUGACAGUGCCCCAGUUUCAGUACGGGGAGAUCGCCUACGCCCACACGACCCCGUUCCUGGGCACCCUACUGCCUGGCCAGUGUCAGCAGGCGGUGGAGAACAACAUGUUCAGGGCCCCCAUCUACAGGCACACCCUGCCACCAUCGGACUUCCUCAUCAUCCGCAAUAGAAACCACUUAUAUAUUCGAGAGGUUGAGACCAUAUUCUGUGUGGGUCAGCAGUGCCCAUUGUACGAAGUUCCUGGACCAAACUCCAAGAGGGCAAAUAACUUCAUCAGAGAUUUCUUACAGGUGUUCAUUUAUCGGUUAUUCUGGAAAAGCAAGGACAACCCUCGGCGGAUCCGAAUGGACGACAUCCGUAAAGCGUUCCCGUCUCACUCUGAGAGCAGCAUCAGAAAGAGGCUCAAGCUGUGUGCAGAUUUUAAGCGAACAGGUAUGGACUCUAACUGGUGGGUGCUGAAGCCAGACUUCCGACUGAAGACUGAAGAGGAAAUGAGGAACAUGGUGUCCCCGGAGCAGUGCUGCUCCUACUACAGCAUGCUGGCAGCUGAACAGAGGCUCAAGGAUGCAGGCUACGGAGAAAAGUCUCUGUUUGCUCCAGAUGAGGACAAUGAGGAGGAAACUCAGAUGAAGAUUGAAGACGAGGUGCGCACUGCUCCCUGGAACACCACCCGUGCCUACAUCUCUGCCAUGAAAGGCAAGUGCCUCCUGGACCUCAAUGGAGUGGCAGACCCCACAGGGGUAGGGCAGGGAUUCUCCUACAUCAAGGUGCCAAACAAGCCCCAGCCCCGAGACGAGGGUAAGGACAACACCCCUCAGAAGAAGACAGUCACAGGCACAGACGCUGACCUCCGUAAACUCUACCUGAAGGACGCCAAGCAGCUCCUGCGCAAGUUUGGGGUGCCAGAGCACGAGAUAAAGAAGCUGUCUCGGUGGGAGGUUAUAGACGUAGUCCGCACCAUGUCAACGGAGCAGGCCAAGGCAGCAGCGGCCCAGGAGCAGGGCAAUGAAGGAGGAGGUUGGAACAAGUUUGCUCGAGGCAAUAGAUUUUCUGUGGCUGAGCACCAGGAAAGAUACAAAGAAGAGUGUCAGCGACUGUUUGACCUUCAAAACAGAAUUCUGUCCUCGACGGAGCACCUGUCUACGGACGAGGGAUCUAGCUCGGAGGACUCUGAGUUUGAUGAAAUAGGCAAGAACCUGGAGAGCAUGUUAUCCAGCAAGAAGUCAACAUCUCAGAUCCAGAUGGAGCGGGAGGAAGCUGAGAGGCGGGAGCUGCAGAGGAUGAUCAUGGACGGAAAACAGGACAAAAUGAAAAAGGACAUCAAGCCGGAGGAGGACCCCAUGGCUAGUGUGGCUGGUAAGAAGCUGAAGAUCACUCGUACAUUCAUAGAUGACAACGGGAAGGAGUACACUCGUGUUGAGUGGGUCCUUAAGCCUGCAGUCAUUGAUGCCUAUGUGCGCAUACAGAAAACCAAGGAUCCCAACUUCAUGCAACAGUUUGCAACAAUGGAUGACAAUGUCAAAGAAGAAAUGAGAAGAGAGAGGAGAAGACUGCAGGAGCAGCUGCGCCGUAUCAAGAGGAACGAGGAGAGGGAGAAGAGUGCCCCUAUCAUGUCGGAGAGCAAGCGCAAGAAGAAGGAGGCUCAACUUCUCAAAUCUAAGAUGAAGUGCGGAGCGUGUGGUCAGACAGGCCACAUGCGCACCAACAAGGAGUGCCCCAAGUUCAGCCUGGGCGGGGGGCGAGUGACAGAGGCGCCGGUGAAGGUCGCCAUGACUGAUGAGGAGGUCACGGCUCACGGUGACACUCUGCAGGACCACGGGCUGGUGGAUGUGGUCGGCACCAAACUGAAACUGAGCAAGAGUCUCCUGGAACAUGCGGAACAGAUCAAGAGGAAGUCUCUGGUGCUGAAGUUCCCCAAACAGGCCAUGGAAAACAAGAAAAGGAAGAAAGCAGGCUCUACUAUACACUGUGAUUAUCUGAAGAAACCACGUCAGUCAUCCAAUCGUCGAAGGACUGACCCUGUUGUUACCAUGUCUACCAUCUUUGAACAAGUGCUCAACGAAAUGAGGGACAUGCCCAAUACUCACCCGUUCCUGUAUCCAGUGAAUGCCAAGAUUGUUCCAGACUACUUCACAAUUGUCAAGGAACCCAUGGAUCUCCAGACAAUACGAGAG